AUGCGCCCAAGAUGCCGAAUUAGACGAACUACUUCGCAGGAUACUCUGUCGAGUUUUCGUAGUCGAGUUACUGCGCAUGGGUUUGGCCGGAGAGAGCAUUCUGGGCCAGCGUUCACGACAACAAACAGACCGAUUAACUAUCUGACUACAUUUUCGAUUACAGGCUCGGGCGGCAGAUCAGCAGACAACACUGCACGGGAUUGGGUUCAUUCUCGGACUCAGCAGCAAUCGAGAGCCAAUGUCGUCAGUCCCUCCAGCUUUGAGCAAUUCCUGGCAUCCCGGACCGCCCGCCUGUGCCCUUCAAACGUUCGCGAUGUUCGUCCUGGUUCCCAGCAUUCACAACCGUCGUGGAAUCCUCAGCAUCCGCCCUGGAUAAGGCUAUGUUACGGUGCACAAAAUGCUACCCGCCGUUCCUGCGCGACGGAAGUUCAUCAUGCUGUUGGCGGUGGGUGGUGCAGUAACAAAGAUUCUACGUUUCAGACGGGUGGCAUCGCUAAACCGACCCAUGUCCGUAUAUCAAAGCGUCGGAAGCGAGAGCCCGUCGGGUGA